AUGAGAAAUUUUUCGCCUUAUUAUAGUGUGCGCUCUGGGCAUGAGAAUGUUCUUACCAUGUACCCGUCGGCGUGUAGGCAUCGGCAUAUUUUUAAUUUACCGGACGCAAGGAUGCUUGCUUGGCAGUAUACUCUUCAACAGUUGCCUUUGUGGGGUAAUCGGCUUGGGUUAGUCUCGGUAAGCUGGGACAAUGGCGAACGACUGCUUCGAUUAAGUGCUGACUACAAGCUGUUUUUAUGCAGUACCAACGUCCCAAUAAAAAAAUCCAGCCAACAGCCCUCCAGCGGCGGACCCCAAUUGAUCACAUUGCCAUCACUCAAAUCGAUAACUGACUACCGCUCGUUUUGGAAAACGUGUGGGUUCUGGCCAUGCGUUCAUCCGGAGUCGCUUGUUCGGUUUUCAGAAGGUUUACGGAGAAAUCGCCUAAUAACUGAGAGGCUUGCCUCACCGUCGAUAAAUAGAUUCGCCUUCCAGGAUAGGGAUCGCGUGAUCCCCAUUGUGUGUUACUGGAGACAAUGCAAGAUAUUACCGCCAAUUGGUGUAAACGAUGUCAGUUUCUGCCUAGAUUUUCAGAAUGAGUGUCUGGAGGUGGACGUACUUUGGGAUUAUUGUGUUGUUCUGCGUGAUAUUAUUUUCGUUUGUUCGGUCGAUAUGCUGCACCAACACGGGCUCCCCGCGAAAGUCUCAAAGAGGCUGAAUAAUCUUCUAGGACUUAGGCGUGACUUUCCUCAAACGGGUUUUGUCGUAUCUCACUUAGCUCGAGCCGAAAAGCAUAAGUGGAGAACAAAGGAAAUCGUCUUCUGGUGCUCUUCUUCGGAGGAAUGUGAGAAGUGGACUGCCAAGCUAAAUGAAUCAGUGCUGAAUACCAAUCCUUUGCGACCACGCCAUCUGUUGGUUUUUGUGAAUCCCAACUCUGGACACCGGAGAGCGGUACAGACGUACGAGGGAACAGUCCGACCGCUGUUUGAACUUGCGCGCAUUAAAACUCAUGUUAUAGUUACAACCCAUCGAGGACACGUCACCGAAUAUCUUCUGGAGAAUAAACUCGAUAACUACGACGGUGUCAUUUGUGUUGGUGGCGAUGGUUUUCUGGCAGAGGCUGUGCAAGGAGUACUUUUGUGUGAACGAAUCAAGGCCAACUUACCGCUUCACUCUGAGCAUCGCCCAGGGACUGUGGAGGUCCCAUCAGCCAUGCGGUUGGGUAUCAUACCAGCAGGCUCAACGGACACGGUGGUGUUCUCCACACAAGGCACCAAUGAUGUCCUCUCAUCCAUUCUUCACAUCAUAAUUGGAGAUGAUCUCCCCCUAGAUGUUGCUGCGAUUCAUUCCGGCGAUGACGGGUCGUUUGUUCGGUAUGCGAUGUCGCUAGUCGGAUAUGGAUUCCAUGCCGAUUUGCUGAAGAAUGACGACAAACUGCGCUGGAUGGGACCCAAGAGAUAUGAUUGCGCAGCCUACGAACUUGGAGCGAUGCACAUUUCUAGAUUACCGUCUCUCAGCUGUAACAUCCUUCCGGUGCCUAGCUGCCAUGCUACCCGAAGGAAGCACGAGGGCUGGGAUACUGCCAGGUUGCCCAAGCCUAGACAGGGGAAGUCGAGAGGCAGAGGUCGGCUUAGAGCCACGGACUUUCCGUCAUCUCGCCCCAAGUUUACCGUAAAGACGCCUGGAUGUGCAAACACUGAGAAUGAACAACAGGAUACCCUAGAAGUUUUGGUGAUCAAUGGUGAGCUGAAGCUACUUCUUGUAACUUAG